AUGCCUUCCCCUCGCUCUGCGGCCGCCACUGCUCCCAACGCCUCUCCCGGCCGGCGGCUCCGCUGCUUUAAGCGGCCGAGCAGCGCCCCGGGGCUGCCGCAGACACAGCGCCGCGCCCCGCCCCCGCCGCAGCGCCAGGUGACGGUGCCUCCGGUCCCUCCGCCCGAUCCCGCUCUGCCCAGGCAAGAGCGCGGUCGCUUCCUCGGCUGGCGCGGCGGGAGGGAUGCGGGGGGGAAAAAACCGGCGGCGCCGCGCAGGCUCCGCCCGCUCCCGGCUGCGGCGGAGGGGGCGGCGGGAGCGCGUCCCCGGCCGGGCGGCGGCGGCUCCUCCCGCCCGCACUAUGGCGGCCCCGCCGCAUCCGCCCCGCGGCGGCGCUGGGAGGGGCAGGGGGGCCGCGCCGCGAUCCCGCCCGGCACAGCCCCGCCGGCCGCCGCCACGUCUCGCGAGAGGAGCGUGGGGGCGCUCGGAGCCGCGCGGUGCCUCACAGAGCCCGGACCCCUCGGGAGCCCCCGAGACCCCUCAGACACUCCCUGGUCUCUCACACACCCCCGGAGCGUUCACACACAGCCCCGGACUUCCCAUGCACACGCCCAGAUCCCCUCAGACACCCCCGGACCUCCCAUGCACACCCCCAGAUCCCCUCAGACCCCCCCGGACCUCCCAUGCACACCCCCGGAUCCCCUCAGACACCGCCUUAACGUUCACACACGGCCCCACCUCUCAUGCACACCCCCGGAGCCCUCACGCAUCCCGGACCUCUCAUACACACGCCUAGAGCCUUUCGGUUCUCUUUGCAGUCCCACACACGCCCGGAUCCCCUCAGUUCCCUCUGCAGUCCCUUACACACACCGCCGGUCUCUUAAUACACACCCCCAGAUCUCCUCAGAACCCCCUUGA